CACCAAUCCUCCAUCCAAAACCAAAGAACACUCUACUCAUCUUCAUGACGCUUCAGCCAAACUCCCUUGUUCUCUUCUCUCCAUCACAAACAAACUCCACUCUAAUUAAAACUCAACUCAAAACAAAAUAGAGCGCAGUAUGUAAAUAGAGAAUGACAGCCAUGAGCUUUCUCUCCCUAUCACCCUCUCCCUCUUCCGUUACCAAACUCCACAAUUUUCAACCCAGAAGAAGUAGAACCAACCUACUCUGCGUUCCUCAUUGCUCCACAAACUCUUCUUCAGUAGAAACAGAGAAGCCCCGAAUCGAGCUGGAGUUCAUCGGGCCGAAACCGGGAGCAGAUGGGUCCUAUCCAAUUGAUAAGGCACAAGCAACCAGUGGAGAGAAGCUGCUCAGAAGUAUUAUGUCUGAUAACAAGAUUGAGCUCUAUGCAGCAUACGGAAAGGUUAUGAACUGUGGUGGUGGUGGAAGUUGUGGUACCUGCAUCGUGGAGAUUGUUGAUGGAAAGGAUCUCUUGAACGAAAGAACGGACACUGAAAGACGGUACUUGAAGAAGAAACCUGAAUCAUGGAGGCUUGCCUGUCAAACAAUUGUUGGAAAUAAAGAAAACGCAGGCAAAGUUGUCGUUCAGCGAUUGCCACAGUGGAGGAAAUAAUCUGCUCAGAUCAAACUUUACAAAGUCAUGCCGUUGAAGAAAGGAAAAUACUUUUAGUUCUUGCCUCAUUAUAUAAGUAUAUUAUUGCAAAUUGUAUAUCGUAAGAAAAAUUGUUCAUUUACAUAACUCAUUGAACUACUAAAGGAGUUGCAUUGUUCAGA